UCUUGUUUUGAGCCCAAUGCUCACACAGCAAUCAAAGGCCUGCCUAAUCUGAUUCUAACCCCACAGAGAAUUCACAAGCACAGCACAGGAGCAAUAUUCCCAUCGCCAUCGCCAUGAGCGUGAUUGCGGCUGCUGUGGGGAAGCAGGUCCUCGACAAGCUGGGCGGCAAGCUUGGCGGCGAGCUGGGCAGCUACGUCGUGUCAGAGGUCACUCUGCAGUGGAGGUACAAAGACGACGUGUUGAAGUUGGGGGAGAAGAUGAAAGAUGUGGAGGCCGUGCUGGGUGAUGCCGACGAGAGGUCGCGUCGAGGAGGACGAGAAGACGGAAGAGUGUACGAGCGGUGGCUUACCAAGUUUAAGCGUGUGGCCUAUGAUGUGGAGGACGUGCUGGAUGAGUUGGAAGCCAACGAGCUCAUCAAGAAGAGCCAACCCAAGGUCAGCUUAUGGUUUUCCAGAAACAAUCAACUCCUGCAGCGAAUGACCAUGCCCCACAAGAUGAAGAAGGUGAUGGAAAAAAUAGACGCAAUUGAAAAGGAGGGCAGAACGAGGCUCAGUCUUGUGCCGCAGGAAGCAAGGGGAGAAGGGAGCAGAAACAAUGAAACACUUGCAGCCAACUGGAAUGUUGCUGGCAUGAAAACUGGAAUGGUGGGCAGGGGUAUCGACAAGGAGAAGAUAAUCAGCCUGCUACUCACAAGUGAAGAAGCUAACCAGGAUAUCUCCAUCAUUCCAGUUGUCGGCCUUGGUGGCAUAGGCAAGACAACAUUGGCUGAAUCAGUUCUUGCAGACAAGAGGGUCAGUGUCUUUGACAUCUCAAUAUGGGUUAAUGUGUCCAUGCAGUUUGAUUUGCACAAAAUUGGGAGUGUCAUCCUGAAAAGAAUGAUGGAUGACACUAUCAACCUUGACAACUGUGAUUUGCAGUUUCAUCGUCUGAAAAAAGAACUUGCUACUAGAAGAUACUUGAUUGUUCUGGAUAAUCUCUGGGAAGAAGAUGGAAAUAAUCUUGAAAGGCUCAAGGAGAUGUUACAGCAUGGCCGAAAGGGCAGCCGUGUUAUAGUAACCACCCGAAACCUACGCGUAGUGCAACAAUUACGCACUGGUUUUCUUGCAAAUGAGAGGAAAAUUUGCCCAGUUCCAGAGUCUGAAAUAAUAGAGUUGGAUGUUUUAGAACCUGGUGACUGUUGGGAAUUAAUGAAGCAAAGGGCAUUUGGGCCUGAUGAUGACCAUACUGGCUUGGAAGAAAUUGGAAAGCAGAUUGCAGCCAAGUGUGGAGGAUUACCGCUCGUGGCAAAUGCUCUUGGGCAAGUAAUGUCAGAGCUAAGGACCGUGGGGGCAUGGGAACAUAUAAGGGACACCAAGGUUGUUUUGGAUUUUCAAGAAGAACAUCAGCAGGAAACAUUAGAGAGUCUAAUGCUGAGCUAUUACUGCAUGAAGAAAGAAUUCAGAAUGUGUUUCACGUACUUGGCAGCCUUCUCCAAGGGCUUUGUCAUGGACAGCAAUCGUCUAAUCCGGCAAUGGAAUGCACUUGGAUACAUUAAUUCAAGGCACGAUGGUCAAAGGUGCAUCAACUACCUUUUGGGGAUGUCCUUUCUUCGGAUUCCAGGAUCCGCUUUGGUUAGUCCAAGUGCAUUGCAUUUCAAAACUCCUCCAGAACUCGUCAUGCAUGAUUUGGUGCAUGAUCUUGUGUCAAGAAUUGUUGUUGAUGACUUCAUUAAUCUCGAUGCUACCAAAAGCACAAGCUGGAACACACCUCAUUACUACCGGCAUGCACAGUUAACCAACUUGAAGAAUGAUCCUAAGGUUUUCAAAUAUAUUCCAGGCAAACUUAGAUCCCUCCAUUUUAGGGAUUUUGGGGGAAUGCAACUCCCGAAAAAGGCAUUUUCUCUGUGCAAGUACAUACGUGUCUUGGACCUAAGUGGACAUUCAGCUAAAGGCCAAUCAGCUCCAAGUAGCGUGGUGCUGCCAUCUUCCAUUAGUCAAUUGAAGCUAAUUCGGUAUCUUGAUGCCACAGGCUUGCCAAUAGCAUCACUUCCUAAGAAUUUUCAUACACUACAAAACAUGGAAACUCUUAUUCUAUCAAAUUCCUUGCUUGAAACCUUACCUGACAUUAUUUGUCGCCUCGGCAAACUUUGCUAUUUGGACCUAUCUGGCAAUAACAGGCUCAGUAAGCUGCCAGCAUCACUAGGGGAGCUCUCUCAACUCUUUUUUCUCAAUCUAUCCGGGUGUUUUAUACUCCAAGAGUUGCCUGAAUCAAUCUGUGAGCUUACAUGCUUACAACACCUAAACAUGUCAGAUUGUUGUGCUCUUCAAAAGCUCCCUGAUAAAUUUGGUAGCCUUCCUAAACUCUCCUUCUUAAACUUGUCAAGUUGUUCAAAGCUCACCAAACUACCUGACAAUAUAAGCCUUCCGUGUUUAGAGCAUCUGAACCUAUUGAGUUGCCAUGAGCUAGAAAACCUGCCAAUUGAUUUUGGCCACCUUCAGAAACUUGAGUUCUUGAACCUCUCUGGUUGCUACAAGGUUUUAAUGCUGCCAGGGUCAUUUUGCCAACUUAAUCAUUUGAAGUACCUAGAUCUUUCAGAUUGUCAUAACCUUGAAAAACUCCCUGACUGUUUUGGUGACCUCGUCGAGCUUCAGUAUUUGAACCUAACAAGUUGUCCUAAACUCCGAGGAUUGCCUGAGUCAGUAUGCAAAUUGUUUAAGCUGAGGUGUCUCUAUUUGUCGUACUGUCUGAGGCUCAGUGAGCUCCCCUCCUCAUUUGGUGACCUUAAGCUUCAAAUACUGCACAUGAAUGGCCUUCUAUAUAUGUAUGACUGCCCUGAUAGCAUUGGUGACAUGACCAGUCUCACUCAGUUUGUGAUUGAUACUGCAACUUCUAAGCUGCUUGAGAAGAUUCCAGCCAUUCAAAAGCGUCUAAAUCUCGUGGGCACAGUAAGGCAUGACAUACAUGAGAUAGAGAGCAGAGGAUGCAGCAGUAUAGUGGACCUUGUGGGAUUGACUUGUUCAGAGCUGAUACUUGCAGGGCUUCAAAAUGUCAGGCAUCCAGAAGAUGCAGACAGAGUCAGACUGCGUGAUAAAUCAGAUAUUCGAUUGCUUAAACUUCUCUGGGAAAACCAAGAAGGUAAAUCAGUGCUGGACAGGCUAGUACCUCCUCGGACUCUUGAACACUUUCAGCUACUCGGGUAUAGCAGCAAGGAUUUCCCUAACUGGAUGUUUCACAUCUCGUCCUAUCUCCCCUUUCUCAGCGAACUAACUCUUAAUGGUUUGGAAGCAUGUGAUUCUCUUCCUCCAUUCGGGGCACUGCCAAAUUUAAGAAUGUUGUGUCUGAAAAACAUUCCCAAUAUUAAGAAAAUCGGUAAGGAAUUCUAUGGAGAGGGCAGACCUUGUAUGAAACUAAGAGUACUGACGCUGAAGUUGAUGAAGAAUUUGGUGGAAUGGUGGACAACAGAGACAGGUGAAGAAAACAAAGAGUUCUUAAUCCCCAAUUUGCAUUUUUUGUUUGUAGUGGACUGUCCAAAGUUGAAGUUCCUACCAUAUCCCCCAAGAAGUAUGAAUUGGGGUUUGAGCAACAGCGACGCAGUUUUGCCAGAACGAGGAUUUGGAAACCUCUCCUCUUAUAUUCAUCCUUCUGAGAUCGUUCUGAAGAGCUGUAGUUUCUCUCAAGACAGGUGGGAUAGUUUUCAACACUUUACCACCCUGGAGAAUUUUUAUGUAUACUCCAUCAGUGGCUUGAGGACUUUGCCAGAGGUCAUGCGGUGCUUCACUUCUCUCACUGGACUAUGGUUGGUGUCGUUGAAUGACCUGGAGACACUCCCGGUAUGGUUGGGUCAGCUCAGUUCUCUAGAACUCUUUCACAUCCACAAUUGCCCUAAGCUGACAUCUCUGCCCGAAAGCAUGAAGAAUCUCACCGCUCUUAGAAAACUGAGGUUGCUACAGUGCAAAGGCCGGGAGAUAUUACCGGAAUGGUUGGGACAGUUGACUUCUCUAGAAGAACUUUUCAUCAGAGAUUGUCCCAGCCUGACAUGUUUGCCUGAAAGCAUACAGAAUCUCUCUGCUUUGAAGCUACUGAGAAUUGUUCGAUGUCCGAGUCUAAUUGCGAGGUGCCAAGGGGAGGAUGCCCACAAGAUUUGUCACAUCCCCAAAGUCGAAUUCAACUGAGCUGUUUGUACAAAAUUGUUGGUCUCUUAUGCAGAACUGGGGAACCCUUGGCCAAGUGAGAGGAACUGGGAUAUUACAGCUGGGUAAUUCCAUCUCGACGCCGGACGCCCUCUGCCCUUUGGAGGUGGAGGUGGGCACCGACGACCCCGGCUUCCUCAGCAUCUUCUCUGAGGCCAUUGUUACCGCCCACCUCUCCAUUUUUGCUCCCGGUGUUCUAUCCCUGCUGCAGAGAAGAAAUUGAACUUGCAUCAAACAACUAUGCGUCACUGGAAUGCAACUUCUUAUUGGUUUUCUUCUCUUUAGGCUUACAUCGCUGUUCCGGGUUGCUGAACCUUGCAAAAAUGAGGCAGAGCUUAAGGAAGUGGGCAAUUCCAAGGAGCAGUUUCUUUGAGACCAAGUUCUCGCUGGGAUUCUCAAGGAGCGUAUUUUGAUGACGGAGGAGCUCUCCAGUAGCUGACUGACUAAUGUUGUACUACUUCUACUGUUACCGUUGUGAGUUAGAAAGGAAUUGAACGUGACUCCAGGGCCUCGAGGAGAGGAACCAUAUAGCAUACAUCUUGGGCCUGCCUGCGCAAAUCACUAGGUACCGAGUGUGCCUGGUCAGUUGCUUCAGGACAUGAUCAAUGUGCCCAGUGAAUGGAAAGACAACACAAGUUACUCUCCAACGGCCGUCCCUUGUUGUCUAUUUUUGCCAUGCUGGAUUGUGAGCAGAUGGCCAUUUAAUUAUAAGGUUGUGUAUAUAGUCGUUUAUAAGGUUUUGUAUAGUCGUUUAUAAGGUUCUCAAUGGCUCAUUUAGAAUCAAUCCCAGUGCAUGCGUGCUGAUCAUGCUGCUGCCAUGGCAUGGCAUGUUUCUGUUGUUAUCGAUCCAUUACUGGCUGCAACUUCCAUAUAUACAAAUGAAGAUGAUGAUUUAGAUUC